UUGAAUAUUUUGAGAAGAAACAAAGUUACAACUGCGUCUGGUUUGCUCCCAGCCAGGUCUCUAGACAAACUGUACAACUUUGCCGAGUGUGCUGGUCUGCAUCUGGUCCUGGGGUUCAACGCCCUGCAGAGAAAUCCUGACUCCUCCUGGAACUCCUCCUCAGCCUUCAGCUUACUCAAAUACAGCGCCGGGAAGAAAUACAACAUCUCCUGGGAACUGGGCAACGAGCCUAAUGGCUACCGAAGCAUGGUGGGUCAGACCGUUAACAGUACCCAGCUAGCCAAGGACUACACCAUGCUGAGAACACUACUGCAAUCUGUACGCUACUACAGCCGAGCACACCUCUACGGCCCUAACACUGGGCCACCACGCAAGAACGCCAUUCUGCUGCUCGACGGGUUCAUGAAGAACGCUGGUUCUGUUGUGGACGCUGUAACGUGGCAACAUUACUACACGGAUAGCAGAGUGACCAAAGUAGAGGACUUUCUGAAGACUCGCCUGCUGGACACCCUGACCGAACAGAUCACUAAAGUACUCAAGGUAGUGAAUAGCCAUGCUCCUGGUAAGAAGGUGUGGUUGGGUGGAGUGGGUCCGGCGUGGGCUGGAGGAACCAACAACCUCUCUGAUACCUACGCUGCUGGCUUUCUGUGGCUGAACACUCUGGGUAUGGCAGCGAUGCAUGGGAUUGACGUGGUCCUGAGAUACUCGUUCUUCGACUAUGGAUACACACACCUCGUAGACCAGCACUUCAACCCACUGCCGGACUAUUGGUUCUCACUGGUGUUCAAGCGUCUGGUGGGCCCCAGGGUGUUGGCGGUGCGGGUAGCAGGCUUACAGAGGAAACCACAGCCAGGGAGGGUCAUCCGAGACAAACUACGCAUUUACGCCCAUUGUACCAGCUUCCACAAUCAUAACUACGUGAAAGGGUCCAUAACGAUCUAUAUCAUCAACCUGCAUCGGUCCAGGAAGAAAAUCAAGCUGGCGGGAACCUUACGUAACAAGACUGUCCAUCAGUACCUGCUGCAGCCCUACGGGGCAGACGGACUACACGCCAGGUCAGUCCAGUUGAACGGAGAAAGGUUGUUGAUGGUGGACAACGAGACGUUCCCGGAAUUGAAGCCUCAGACGCUGCGGGCAGGGAGGACGAUAGCCAUGCCCCCUAUGACCAUCGGCUUCUAUGUCAUCAAGAACAUCAACGCUUAUGCCUGCCGCAGAUAAUCCUCAGCAUACUCCUCCUCACCCUUUACCCCUUACCCUUCACCUCCACACUCCUUACCCCUCACCCUCACCCUUCACCCCCACACUCCUUACCACUCACCACUCACCCCUCACCCACACACUCCUUACCCCUCACCCUCACCCUUCACCCCCAUACUCCUCACCACUCACCCUUCAGCCUUCACCCCAACUCCUUACCACUCACCCCUCACCCCCACACUCCUUACCCCUCACCCUCACCCUUCACCCUCAUACUCCUCACCACUCACCCUUCAGCCCUCACCCCAACUCCUUACCACUCAUCCCUCAUCCCCACACUCCUUACCACUCACCACUCACCCCUCACCCCCACACUCCUUACCACUCACCCCUCACCCUUCAGCCCUCACUCCAACUCCUUACCAAUCACCCCUCACCCUUCACCCCCAACUCCUUACCACUCACCCCUCACCCCCACACUCCUUACCCUCACCCUUCACCAUUUACCUCCACACUCCUCACCUUUUCCCCCCUACACUCCUCACCUCACACCCUAGCCAUCACCCCUUACCCCCUCCUUCUCACCCCUCAUUCUUUUGGUUCUUUAUCACUAGUCCCUAGUCCCUGGUCUGACUCAGAAAGGCUUGCCCUUUGUCCCAGACAAGGGUUGCACUGAAUACCUUUCAAUAGCUCUUUACACCGUCUCCCCAUGUGCUACAAGACGGACAGGGAUGAUUCUACUAUUGGGAUUUUGUAUCGUUUUGUAAAAAGGUUAUUGAGUUUUGUUAUGACAGAACUGCUAUUUCAGAAGGUUGUAUCAUCCUCCAUUUCCAACUAGAAUUGUUUUCCAUGUCUUUGAUCAUCAGAUCCACUAACAGACACUCCGAUUUCUAUCUGCCAACAACUCUUAUUGUUUCCCCUGCAAACUCCUCUCAACUCUUUGUUGUUGAUACUCUGAAGCUCCUGGCAGACGGAGAGACAGAAAGAAGAGAAAACCUGAAGAAAACAAAACCAGUCAACCCCAGGACGUGUGUCAGCCCCAGCAGCCAUGUCUGCUGUCUGACUGAAUCAUCACUGGGUGUGGUGUGGUGUGAUAUGGUGUGGUGUGGUGAGGUAUGGUGUGGUAUGGUGUGGUAGGGUGAGGUAUGGUGUGGUAUGGUGUGGUGUGGU